AUGGCAGACGGUGACGACGACUUCAAGGACGCUAAACCUGCAGUUUUCACCACCGUGAAAGCACCUGCGUUCAGUCCGGAACGCGUCAACCUCUGGUUUGCACAGCUCGAGGCACAGUUCAAGAUUCAUGGCAUUGUUCCUGAAAUUGAAAAAUUCUACUACGCCGUAUCGCUCAUCGAAACUAGAUACGCCACCGAGGUUGAGACAAUCAUCAUCAACCCACCGACCGUCAACCCAUAUUCGGAGCUUAAAAAGGUUUUAAGCAGUUGUUUCACCAAGUCGGAAGAAGCAAAACUUCGCCAGUUACUGGACGGCGAAAAUAUCGGCGACAGGACGCCAUCACAAUUCCUGAGGCACUUAAAAUCCCUCGCGCCUAAUGUCGAUGAAGCCGUCGUACGCGAGAAAUGGCUCUCCGGUCUACCUGAGCAGUCACGAGCUCUGCUCACGAUCCAAACCAGCGCUUCACUGACCGAACAAGCUUCAGUAGCAGACAAACUGCACGAAAUCGUUCGCAGCCAAGUCGCGGCCGUCCAGACGCCGACUCCGCCGCCGCUGAGCAACCUGGAGCAUCAAAUCAGCAUGCUUACCCAGCAACUGAGCUCGCUACAAAACGAAGUAUGUCAAUUGCGAGGCAGGUCAUCGACCCGCGAUCCACGACGUCAUCGAAGAGAACGCAGCUCUUCACGCAAACGUGUCAACAAGACCACAGGCAUCUGGAAACGCCAACCAGAGUCACUAGAGGCGGACAGUGAUUCUGCCAAUUCUUCACGCCGCCUAUUUGUCAAAGAUCAAGCCACUGAAACACAAUAUCUCGUGGACACUGGCUCAGAUCUCUCCGUUUUCCCGCGCGGUUUAAUGAAGAACGCGACCUGUAGCCCAAUUGGAUACCAACUCUACGCCGCCAAUGGUUCGCUCAUCCAGACAUACGGCCUGCUCACGCUUACGCCGGAUCUCGGACUUAGACGAGACUUCACCUGGCGAUUCAUCGUCGCCGACGUCACAAAGCCCAUCAUCGGGGCCGACUUCUUGAGUCAUUUUGACUUGGUAGUCGACCUCAAACGCAAAUGCCUACGUGACGGAAAAACUAACCUUACUGCGAAAGCAACGUGGCAAAUUACGACGUCACUCGAUUCAGUUAAGGCAAUUAACGGCGACUCAGAUUACAUCAAGCUACUCCGAGAAUAUGAGGACAUUACCCGUCCCGAAUCGUCGUACAACAAAACAAAGAAGCAUUCGACGAUGCAUCAUAUUAAAACAACCGAUGGUCCUCCAGUGAGAGCUAGAGCACGACGCCUGUGCCCGAGUAAACUCAAGAUCGCCCAGGAAGAGUUCAAGAAGAUGAUCGAUCUUGGCAUCUGCCGACCUUCAGAUAGUCCCUGGUCCUCUCCGCUGCACCUUGUGCAGAAGAAAUCAGGUGAAUGGAGGCCCUGCGGUGAUUAUCGUCCAUUCAACGCCCGCACGGUACCGGACAACUACUCACUACGCUACAUCGAAGAUUUCACAGCAUUCCUCCACGGAAAAACGAUAUUUUCAGUCUUCGAUCUUGUCCGAGCGUUCCUCCAGAUACUCGUCGCACCAGAAGACGUACCUAAAACGGCAAUAAUCACGCCGUUCGGCCUGUUCGAAUUUUUAUACAUGACUUUCGGACUCAGAAAAGCAUAA